AUGCCCCGGCCCCGCCGGGACUCCCCCCCGCCGCCCUUCGCCCCGCGCCGGGCGGGGCCGGUACCGGGAACUGCGGGCGGCGACUCCUGCGCGGCGGCGGGGAUGGAGCGGCCGGUGCCGCUGCCCCGGGGCACCCGGCCCCGCGCCCGGCACUACUACGAGGGAUUCGUGGAGAAGCGGGGGCCAGGUGAUCAGGGCUACCGGAGGGUCUGGGCCGGGCUGCGGGGGCUCCAACUCGCCUUCUACAGCGGGCCCCGGGACCAGGAGCCCCUGGAGCUGCUGGACCUGGGCGAGCUGGUGACCGUGCAGGCCAAGGACGGGCUGCUCAUCCUCAGGCUGAGGGGACAAGAGGUGACAAUGAAGAUGAAGAGCUGGGAGAUGCAGGAGAUGUGGCGAGGAUUCAUCCUGACCAUGGCCAAGAUGAGGAUGCCCCCGGACCUGGCGCUGCUGCCCGGACACAUCUCCCAGCUGCUGGAGGCUCUGCGGGAGGAGCGGCAGCGCAGGGGCACCUCCGUGUGUCCGGCCACCCCCGUGUCACCGGCCACCUCUGUGACCCCGGCCACCCCCGUGUCACCGACCACCCCCGUGACCCCGACCACCCCCGUGUGUCCGGCCACCCCCGUGACCCCGACCAGCCUCGUGUCCCCCAGCCCCUCUGAGCCGGUCCCCAGCUGUUUUUUCCAGGUGACUCGAGCCGAGGCUGAGCUGCUGCUGGAGCUGAGCGCGCCCGGGGGGAAUCUCCUGCUGCGGCCCGGGGGACACGGCCAGGGCGUCUCGGUCACCACGCGGCAGGAGCUGAGCGGGAGAGCGGUGCUGAAGCACUACAGGGUGAAGAGGGAGCCCCGGGGCUACCUCAUCGACCUGGAGAGCCCGCACCGCUGCUCGUCGCUGGCAGACGUGGUGCAGUUCUUCGUGCGGAGGAGCGAGGGCAGCCUGCGGCCCCUGGAGCCCGAGUACAGCUCCCAGCUGGAGUUCGUGCCCAGAGAGGGGGACCCUGCCCCGGCUGCAGCCGUGCCCAGGGCGGCCCCGAGGAGGGGCAGGAGCCCCCCGGGUCUGGGGCUGGUGCCCGAGCAGCAGCUCUACAUGAACGACCCCGGCAGGAGCCAGGAGGUGCUCAGGGAGCUGCGCAGGAAGCUGCAGCAGCGCCGGGCUCAGUGAUGGGGACACGCUGGGGACACCCCCUUGGUACCAGCAGGGGCAGCGGGACCCCCCUCACCCUCAGGGAAAGCUGUCCCCAGAGUCCCCAGUGUCCCCAGAGUCCCCAGUGUCCCCAGU